AUGCUUUAACUUUUAAAUUUAGACAUAUUGCAAAUCCAAUAACAAAUAAUACAAAAAUGUUAUCAAACUCUUAAUCUGUUAAAUAUAAACUAUAUUCAAUAGAAAAAGGAACAUGUGAAUAUUAAUCUACUGCUUCUUUAAGACACAGUAUAUCAGAAGUAUCUUUUAGUUAAGCUUCAAGGUUAUGAUAUUAAAAUCUUUGAUAGGUUUGCAAAAGAAGCACACUUAACUCAACUGAAAAAAAUUAUAUAUCUAAUUCUAUUAGAAGUGGAAGUAAAAUUAGUUUUGGUUAUCAAUCUAAAUAAAUUGCACAUGGAUAUGUUUCAAAAAAUGUAGAAUUGAACC